AUGGGAGAGAAACCUUUUGACUGUAAUGAAUGGGGGAAAGCCUUCCACCAGAGCUCACUACUUACUCAACAUCAGAGAAUUCAUAGUGGAGAAAAACCAUACAUGUGUAAUCAGUGUGGAAAGGUCUCCCACAGGAGAGCAAAGCUUACUGAACAUCAGUCAAUUUACACUGGAGAUAAGCCUCACAAAUGUAAUGAAAAAAAACCUUAUGAAUGUAAUGACUGUGGGAUGGUCUUUAGUCAGAAGACAAACUUUCAGGUACAUCAGAGAAUUCAUACUGGAGAGGAACCAUAUAAGUGUAACAAAUGUGAAAGGGCUUUCUGCCAGAGCUCAGACCUUUUUAAACAUGACAGAAAUAAUUCUAGAAGAGAGAAAUCUUAUGGAUGCAGUGAGUGUGGGAAAGUCUUUGUCUGGAGCAGAAGUCUUACUCUACAUCAGAAGAUUCACAAUAGGGAAGCACAAUAUGAAUGUCAUGAAUGUGGGAAGACUUUCUGCCAGAAUGCAGAACUUAUUCUCCAUCAGAGAAUUCACACUGGAGAGAGACCCUAUAAUUGUAAUGAGUGCGGGAAAUUCUUCCGCCAGACUGCACAUCUUGCUGCACAUCAGAGAGGUCAUGCUGGAGAGAAGCCUUAUGAUUGUAAGGAAUGUGGAAAGCCAUUCAGAAUGAGCUCACAACUGAUUGUCCAUCAGAGAAUUCAUCUUGGUGAAAAACCAUAUAAGUGUAGUGAAUGUGGGAAUUCUUAA